AUGAACAACCACGAAGGAGCCUCGAUUUCUCGCGCUACAUCCCUCUCUCGAGCCAGUCGCCCUGGCUCAUCGCUCUCCCGCAACCAAUCCCUCAUCAAGAAGAACGUUGCCCCACACGACCUCCGCCCGUCUGACAUCCUCAUCGAGCGAUUCGUGGCAUGGAAGGCCAUCGUCAAGCAACUCAUAGCCUACUUCGAGGGAAUCGCGGACAUUCACAACAGCAACGCCAAAGAACUGACCAAACUGGGUGCAGUUAUCCAAGUACCCUUUCGCGCGGGCAACCAGUUUCUGGGUGAGGGCGGGCUUCAGGACAUAUACUACGAUAUUCGAGACAAGACUCGUGCUAUUGCCGACCAGCAUGCUAAUCUUGGUCGCACAAUCGACAGUUCCAUCGUCCAACACCUGGAAAAGCUGAGAACUGAAAUCAAGGCACAUUUGAAGAACAUCCAAAACGACACUGGUAAACUAGCCAGCAAUGUCGCAAAGGAGCGUGAAUUGUCUACGCGUCUCAUCUCCGAGCUCUCCAGCGGCAUUUCUUCCUUCAAGAACACGCCAAUGGCAGUCACGAACAAGACAGACCCCUACGUUAUCAACCAAGCUGUCGUUCGACAGUUGACCAAACAAGUCCACGAGGAAAACCUGCUCCAGAAAUCGAUCAUCAUCAUGCAACAAAACAGCGCCCAUUUCGAAGAGGGUAUCGUGCGCGCAAUCCAGUCCGCUUGGCAAACUUACGACGAAUGGCAAGCUCGGAUGGGAACUUCGAUUGCGACAACCCAUUCAGAACUAACAACCCAUAUGGCGUCGCUGGCUCCGGAUCGAGAAUGGCUAGCGUUCAGCGGGAGAGCAGACCACCUCCUUGACCCCGAAACUCCUCUACGGAACCCGUCUACCAUCGUCUACCCAAGCAAAGACGACCCGAGUGUCGCCCCAGUCCACGCAGGUUUACUUGAACGCAAGAAACGCUACACGAGAGCGUACAAGGAGCAUUACUUUGUGCUUACCCCUGCUGGCUUUUUACACGAAUAUGCCUCCUCCGACCCCGUCAAUGCUCGAGAGCCGCUCUUUUCUCUGUUCCUCCCUAUGUGUACGCUUGGACCACCCAGUGGAAGCAGCGCCAAAUCCCACAAAUUCCAUAUCGAGGGCAGGAAAGACGGUAGCGGUACAACCAAGAGCGGCAGCAUUCGGCGAAGCUUAAGCCUCGGUCGCCUGGGCGGCAAUGAUCAUGCCUGGAGUUUCCGCGCGCGGAGUCGGGAGGAGAUGAUGGAGUGGUGGAACGACGUGCGAAUGCUUUGUGCGCGGUAUCUGGUGGCGAGCGAGCAGAUGGAGCGGAGUGGGCCCGUGGCUGCUGCGGUCAGGGCUGCUGGUUAUCUGAGCGAAGAUGAAGAAGGUAGUGAUGAAGGCAGUAGUGUUGAGGAGGAAGAUGAAGAAGAUGGGCUCGAGUAUGCUGAUGCUGAAGCAGACGGACCACCGAGUUAUUCGACACCCCACCAGGCUCUAGUUAUGGGCGCCAAUGGAUAUCCGAUUGACAAAAAGAAUGGACACAGUCGGCAACCGUCCAAUGCAGAUGGCGCCACAGUUUCGCGUCGUCCGAGCAAACGCCAACAGGAAAAGGCGCCCGAGGGUCGAGAGCCACAUCCUGCGGGCGAGGCAGAUGAAGAACCAGUGAUGCCUGGUGGGGAAAGCCGUUUCAAGGAGAAUGUUUGA